AUGGGGGAUGUCUACAUCAGACACAUUGAACUACUGGGAUUCGAAAAGAGAUUUUACCCAAGCCAACACUAUGUUUACAUGUUCUUGGUGAAAUGGCAAGACCUCACCGAAAAAGUUGUGUAUCGGAAGUUCACAGAGAUAUAUGAAUUUCACAAAAAUCUAAAAGAGAUGUUUCCAAUUGAAUCUGGGGAUAUCAACAUAGAGAAUCGGAUCAUCCCUCACUUGCCAGCUCCGAGGUGGUUUGACAGCCAGAGAUCCACCCAAAACCGGCAAAGCACGCUGUCGGAAUAUUGCUCUGCCUUGAUCAACUUGCCUCGCAAAAUCUCCCGGUGUGCGCACAUCCUGAACUUCUUCAAGGUCAGAAACGAUGAUCUGAACCCACCUACAGUGAGCCACUUCAGGAAGGUAGAAACCUUUUUAAUGCCGAAGGACUCCAAGAAAGGUGCGGCAGAUAUCACAGGGCCCAUCAUCCUCCAGACCUAUCGAGCAAUUGCUGAUUACGAGAAGAAUUCCACCACCGAGAUGGGGAUCAAGACAGGCGAUGCUGUGGACGUGGUGGAGAAAAGUGAAAGCGGCUGGUGGUUUUGUCAACUGAAGAAUAAGCGAGGUUGGGUCCCGGCUGCCUACCUAGAGCCUAUGGAUAGUCCAGAUGAAUCCGAAGAGCAGGAACCCAACUACGCAGGUGAACUCCACGUUGUCCGCAAAGGCUACGCAGCUGCGCAGGAGGAUGAGAUCACACUGAAGGAAGGAGAAACCGUUGAAGUGAUCCAUAAAUUGCUUGACGGCUGGUGGGUUGUCAGGAAAGAUGAAACCACAGGCUAUUACCCGUCUAUGUAUCUGCAAAGGUCGGGGGAAGAAAACACUCCAGAGAAGAAUCAGCUGAGGAACAGAGGCGCCCCGCCCCGAAGAUCCACCAUCCGGAACAUCAAGAGCAUUCACAAUCAAAACCGCAAGCAGAUCAGCCAGGACACUUACAGGCGGAACAGCGUGAAAUACGUGCAGAGCAGAAGGAAACUGAAGAGCAACUUCCUGAAAGGCAGCACCAUUGUGGAGGAUGAACAAGAGGCGCAGCCCGCCAUCCCCCCAAGACCCAGUAAGGACUUGAUUCUGAUCCGCUGCUCAGAGAGCACCAAGAGCAAAAUCAAAUGA